UCUAGUGCUCACAUCUCACAAGCAACUGACACCAUGAUCACCAUUUCCCCAGGCCAGGGCCUCUCUGGGAACCAGACACUGGUUUCAAAGGGAGGCAACUUUGAGCUUGGUUUCUUCUCCCCUGGCAACUCACACAAGUACUACAUUGGCAUCUGGUAUAAAAAAAUCCCACAAAAAGAUGUCAUUUGGGUUGGCAAUAGAAUAAACCCCAUCUCAAACCCUUCCACUUCACUUCUAAAACUUUCCAAUAAUGGUAACUUAGUCCUCUUCAACCAAUCAGGAUCCCCAGUUUGGUCUUCCAAUUCCACUGUAUCCACCUCAAACUCCACCUUUGCAGAGCUCCUAGACAAUGGUAAUCUUGUCAUAAGGAACAACUCCAAUUUCUCCACACCAAUCUGGCAAACUUUUGAGCAUCCGAGCCACACAUGGAUGCCUGGAGCCCCACUUGGAGUGAACAAACUGACUGGAGAGUUCCAGGCUCUCACUUCAUGGAAGAGCUCAGAGGAUCCAUCUCCGGGCCUGUUUAGUUUAAGCCUUGCUCUAAAUAGGUCCAGCCAGCUUGUUGAGUUAUAUAAUAGCUCCCUGAUUUAUGCUUCCACUGGGGUAUGGAAUGGUCAGUUCUUCAACUCACUUGAAAAAGUGUUCAUGGAGAAGAAUAUAUUUAACUUCUCCUUUGUGGACAAUGAAGAGCAAAAGUAUGCAACCUAUAUUGUAGAUGAUCCUUCAAUGAUCAUUUACAUCCUCAUGGAUCCAUCAGGGCAAGUGAAGCAGUUCUCAUGGCUCAGUGACAAAAAGGAAUGGCUUCUAAACUGCAACCAGCCACCAGCUCUGUGUGAUGUUUACUCUGCUUGCGGAGCUUUUGGCGUAUGCCACCAGAGAACUUCUUUAUACUGUAGCUGUUUUGUUGGUUACCAACCUGUUUCUAACAAGGAGUGGGAUUUGGGAGCUUGGUCUUCAGGAUGUUCCAGGAAAACUAGUUUCCAGUGUAAUGAUAAGAACAACAUAAGUACUGGAGACGGUUUUCUUGAGAUGAGCAUGGUGAGGUUGCCUUCCAAUCCACAGAAUCUGGCAGCAGCUCAAAGUGCUGAGGAAUGUGAGCAGGCGUGUCGGAAGCAGUGUUCCUGCACCGCUUAUGCAUUUGAUGGGCAAUGCUCCAUUUGGAAUGGAGACCUUCAUAACGUUAAACAACUCCAUGAUGGCUUGGCAGGGACACUCUACCUCCGCCUUGCUGCUUCUGAUAUCCCAUCACCAUUUCCAACCAAUUCACAAGCCGAGUUGGAACCCGAAUUCAUUUUUACUGGCGUUGCUGGACUGAUUGUGCUAGUAUCUUUUUUAGUGUUUGUGGGGCUGAUAUGGGUUCAUAGAAAAAGGCCUAGUGCUCGUAUUGCCAUGCAGUUAGCUGAGGGCUCCCUCAUCCCAUUCACAUACUCUGAUCUCCAACGAAUGACCAAAAACUUCUCAGAUAUACUGGGCAGAGGAGGGUUUGGCUCUGUUUUCAAAGGCGCACUUCCUGAUUCUACCACCAUAGCAGUGAAGAAACUUGAGGGUUGGAGACAAGGAGAGAAGCAAUUCAGGACGGAGGUCAUCACACUGGGUUCACUCCAGCAUGUUAACCUGGUUCGCCUCAGGGGCUUCUGCUGUGAAGCCAACAAGAGACUUCUUGCCUAUGACUACAUGGCUGGAGGUUCACUGGACACACAUCUCUUCAGAAGUUCAAAAGUUUUGGACUGGGAAACCAGGUUCGAGAUCAUACUCGGUGUGGCAAGAGCAUUAGCUUAUCUUCAUGAGAACUGCAGGGAGUGCAUAAUACAUUGUGACAUCAAACCUGAAAACAUUCUUCUGGACAAUGAGCUCAAACCCAAAGUAGCUGACUUCGGUAUGGCCAAGCUCAUUGGCAGAGACUUUAGCAGAGUCUUAACAACAACAAGGGGUACCUUAGGGUACUUAGCACCUGAAUGGCUUUUAGGCCUUCCAAUUUCGUCCAAGGUGGACGUUUACAGUUUUGGCAUGAUGCUCUUUGAACUGAUUUCUGGCGGAAGGAACUCAAAUCAAUCUGAGAUUAAUGAGAACAUUGAUUAUUUCCCUUUUAGAGUAGCUUGUCAACUUAUUGAAGGUGAUGAUAAUCAUAUAGGUGAUUUGUUAGACAAGAGGUUGCAGGGUGAGGCGAACUUGGUGCAGGUCAAGAGGAUUUGUACCGUUGCAUGCUGGUGCAUUCAGGACUGGGAAGUUGACAGGCCAUCAAUGGGGCAUGUGCUGCGAAUCUUAGAGGGAGCUGUUGAUGCUACAACGCCUCCUGUUCCUCGUCUUCUUCUGCAUUUGGCUGAAAGCUAGUGUUCCUUUUUCUUCUAGCUGGACAGCUAAAAUGGUAUAGGAUAUGCAGAGGAAAAGAGCUCCAGUUUGAAGGUUGCCACUGAACAGAAGGCAAGAGAUGUCAAAAUGGCUUAAAUGAAUUGCAGAAUU